AUGCCGGAGAGCUUCAAGCACCAGGCUGUGCCUGCGACGGACGUAUUCAAGCCGGAUCUGUUUAAAGGAAAGGUGGUGCUCGUCACAGGUGGUGGCUCUGGUAUAUGCUAUGGUAUCACGGAGACGCUGAUGAAGCUUGGUGCCAGGGCCGCCAUUGUGGGCCGCAAAGCCGAACGCCUGCGUGAAGCCGCUGCGAAAUUGUCGAGGGAUACUGGCUCUGAGGCGAUCGCAACACCUGGAGAUGUACGCAAGUUUGACAUGAUGGAGGAGGUCGUCAAACAGACGGUCGCCAAGUUCGGCAAGAUCGAUAUGGUCGUUUGCGGUGCGGCGGGCAACUUUAUGGCGCCGCUUGAGGGCCUGUCGUCGAAUGCAUUCCGCACGGUUAUCGAGAUUGAUCUGCUGGGUACCUACAACACGGUGCGUGCAACGGCCUCGGAAAUUAAAAAGUCGCACGGCUCGUAUAUCCACAUCUCGGCAACGCUGCACUACUCGGGUCUGCCCUGGCAGGCUGCGCCGUCAGCGGCCAAGGCCGGUAUCGAUGUGCUGUCGAACGUGAUUGCUGUCGAGUGGGGACCUAUGGGCGUGCGCAGCAACUGCGUGGCGCCUGGCCUCAUCGCGGGCACCGAGGGCGCCGAGCGCCUUGUGCCCAAGGGCAGUGAGGACAUGGUCAAUGGGUUCAUUCCGUUGCAGCGCAUAGGACAGCGCUCGGACAUUGCGAAUACGUGCGUGUUCCUCUUCAGUGAUGCCGCCAAUUGGAUCAAUGGCCAAGUCUUAGUACGUAAUAGCGAAAUACUGACUGUGCAGGCAGUGGACGGCGGCCACAUGCACUUCCGUGGCCCAUGGCUGCCCUACCCGAACAGCUCGCUCGAUCCUGCGUCGUUCAAGGGCCUAUUCCCUGGCAUCCGUUUGUAG